AUGGGAGAAAAAAAUGGUGAUGCAAAAACUUUCUGGAUGGAGCUGGAAGAUGAUGGAAAAGUGGACUCCAUCUUUGAACAAGUGCAAAAUGUGUUACAAUCACUGAAACAAAAGAUUAAAGAUGGGUCUGCCACAAAUAAAGAAUACAUCCAAGCAAUGAUUCUAGUGAAUGAAGCAACCAUAAGUAACAAUUCAACAUUGAUAAAGGAUCAUACAUCGGUGAACCAGAAUGAACAGGAAAACAAAUCAGGUUCAUUGCCUUCUACAUCAUAUGAAGACUCCUUUCCAGAAGACUGUACAUUUCUAUCUACAAAAAAUAAGGAAAUUCCUCCUUUGGAAAAUAAAGUUGCAUACAUUACAGAAAAGAAAUCAUCUCUGAAUUUACGUUACCAAAGUCAUGACUGCUCUAGAACUUGUCUGAUGAAAAUGCCACUAACCUUCAAGGGAGAAAACCCUCUGCAGCUACCAAUCAAAUGCCACUUCCAAAGACGACACGCAAAGACAAACUCUCAUUCUUCAGCACUCCACGUGAGUUAUAGAACCCCUUGUGGAAGGAGUCUACGAAACGUGGAGGAAGUUUUUCGUUACCUGCUUGAGACAGAAUGUAACUUUUUAUUUACAGAUAACUUUUCUUUCAAUACCUAUGUUCAGUUGACUCGGAAUUACCCAAAACAAGAAGAAAUUGUUUCUGAUGUGGAUAUUAGCAAUGGAGUGGAAUCGGUACCCAUUUCUUUCUGUAAUGAAAUUGACAAUAGAAAGCUUCCACAGUUUAAGUACAGAAGGACUAUGUGGCCACGAGCAUAUUAUCUAAACAGCUUUUCCAACAUGUUUACUGAUUCAUGUGACUGUUCUGAGGGCUGCAUAGACAUAACAAAAUGUGCAUGUCUUCAGUUGACAGCAAGGAAUGCCAAGACUUGCCCCUUGUCGAGUAAUAAAAUAACCACUGGAUAUAAAUAUAAAAGACUACAGAGACAAAUACCUACUGGAAUUUAUGAAUGCAGCCUGUUGUGCAAGUGUAAUCGACAAAUGUGUCAAAACCGAGUUGUGCAGCAUGGACCUCAAGUGAGGCUACAGGUGUUCAAAACUGAAAAGAAGGGAUGGGGAGUACGCUGCCUAGAUGACAUUGACAGAGGGACAUUUGUUUGCAUUUAUUCAGGAAGAUUACUAAGCAGAUCUAACACUGGGAAACCUGAUCCUACUGAUGAAAAUGGAAAGGAAGAGAAUAUUAUGAAAAAUAUGUUUUCAAAAAAGAGGAAAAUAGAAGUUGCAGAUUGUGAGGUAGAAGUUAUCCCAUUAGACCUGGAAACACAUAGAAGUGCUGAGACUGAGGAGUGUCCACCUACAUUCCGUAAUAAUUUAAAAGAACCUGUUACAGAAACGAAAUGUAACAAUAUUUCAAGAAUUCACUGUCAUUCAGUCAUUAGAAGUCCUAAAGCCAAGACAGCCAUUAUUCAACGCAAUGGGAAAAAGAUGGGAUUUACUUCCUCAGAGUCUGUCACCUCAGAAGAUAAUGAUGGAUUUAAACCGACCCAAGUACAUCUGAACUCCAAAGCCAAGGAGAUGAAAAGUGUCUUUCAGGUUGCAGAAAAGAUGGAAAAAAGGACAUGUGCACUCUGCCCCAAAGACUCCGAGUAUAGUGUCCUAUACAUUGCAAAAAAAGAGACUAUAGCUGCUCAUGAAAAUUGUUUGCUGUAUUCUUCAGCACUUGUGGAAUGUGAGGAUCAUGAUCCAACUAAUGAUGACAGAAGUUUUGAUGUGGAGUCAGUAAAGAAAGAAAUCCAUAGAGGAAGGAGGUUGACGUGCGCAUUCUGUAACAAAAGAGGAGCCACCGUGGGAUGUGAUAUAAAAGCCUGUCUCAAGAGUUACCACUUUUUCUGUGCCAAGAAUGCCCACGCAGUUCUACAAACCGAUAGAUCUCGAGGAAUUUAUAAAGUGUUCUGCCAACAACACGCUGCACUGAAAGACACUCAUGAUGGAAAGUCUCUGUCUGGUAUCUCCCCUACUCACUACAAGCAGAAGACCAACCAAGGAUAUGGAUUCAUAUUUUCAACUGAUUUUUCAGGACUGAAAAGAAAGAGAGGAAGAAAGAAACGCCUCUCAACAGGCGUUCCUGUACAGCCAUCUGAAACAAUGACAUUCAAUAGAUUCAUACAAGAAAUGAAGGAAGAGAGCAGACACACAGAUGCAAUUAGAUCAAGUGUGAAAAUUGAUUUUCUUAAGAAAUGUAAGAAAGUGGGGCUUCUUGAUGAUUUAUUUGAAGAAAUAUUAGACAAACUUCAUUUGAUUCAAGAAAGACUCAUGGAUGAGACUGCUUCCGAAUCAGACUAUGAAGAAAUUGGGACUUCACUUUUUGACAGUAGAUUGUUUGAAGACACAUUUGUAAAUUUUCAAACAGCAAUAGAGAAUAAAAUUGAUCAAUGUGAAGAAAGGCAGAAGCAACUGAAGGAAGAGAUUGAAGGACUUCAGGACUUAAAAAAAACCUUGCGGUCUCUUCAAGAAGAUAGAGAACUCAGGUCAAGUUCUACUUCAGUAUCUUCUGGGUCUUCUAAGGACUACUAUUUCCUGGGCCAGGAAUGAGGCUCAGCUGCAAGCAGGCAGCGAACGGAAGAUCUAACCUGUGGAAGCCACACAUCUUUAGACCUACGCCUCUCAGGUCUCUCUGGUCCUCAAACUUCAAUCCUCAUCAACUCUUACCUGUUCCUACAUUUCAUGCCUGACUGGGUAUUUACUGCCUCCCUCUUAUCAUCUCACUUCUGUUCUCCAACAACAUGUUUCUCAGAUUCUACUUGAGUAAAUUAGAUUAUACCUCCCAUCUCUCCCACCCUCUGUCCUGAAAGUCCUAUGGUGGCUUCAUGCUGGUGCAUUGCCUCCCAUGCUUCCCCCACUCCAGUGAUCUAAGUUGACUUCAAUAACAUACAAGAUGCUCCUGGAAGUAAAGGCUCCCCCCCAGGGCCUUUGCUUGUCCUGCUGUGAAGCCUUAACUACUCUGUUUCCUUUCUCUGCCUGUUCUGCCUGCAGAGCUCAUUACACCAGUUCUACCCCUUCUUCCCUCUGAGAUCACUUCCCAAGAUAACCCAUUGUAUCUUACAUCCCACCGUUAGGGUAUAAAUUCUGAGGGCAAAAUCUCACUAUUCCUGUGAUUUGCUCUCAACACAUUCCCAGCACCUAUGAUGCUCAAUAAAUGC